AUGAUUGUGCUUCUACUUCUUGCUCGCGCAACCCGUGCAAAUGUCAGGACACUGCGAAUGCUGGCGCACGAGCAACAACAAACAACAACAACGAAUACAUUCCAAAGCUCUCGUGUUUUACUGGAAGAAGUGGAUCGAAAUCGUUGUCCGCGGCUCUGUCAAGAAGAGGGGCAGGAUCCAUUGGUAUUUGGUGCCUGCGUCUUAUAUUGUGAACCAUGCUACUUCCAGCAAGAUCUUGGCUAUGGCGAUGAGUUUUGCAUCGAUGAAUACAUGGAGUUGACAGGCACAUUGCCACCAUGGCUUGAUAUAAUGGACGACAACAACAAUAACAACAAUACGGAAACACCCCAACCGUUAUGCCCACUGGGAUUUUUGGCAGGAGAGUUUUGGUACACCAGCGAUCCCUUCCGGAAUCUUCAAAAGGUUCGUAUUGUUGGCCUUUAUAACAACACAUCAAACGAGAGCCAAAGAGUGCUGCCAGAGUUCUUCCAGAUAUGGACCAAGAACCUGGAACAAAACGACAGACCUUAUGUGCCCCCGACAUCGUUGGAAGGCAGCUUUGGUGACAAUGAAGUCGUUGUCGAGUCGGGGGCCACAGUCGAACUAGCAGUGACAAUCGAUCUUAGCCUUGCACCAGAGGAUGACAACGCCAUAUUUAUGAGAGUCUAUACCAAACCAGGAGGCUUUGACCCCUUACUGUUGGCUCUCGUGUCGGCCCAAAUCACAUGCUUCAAUGAAGUGAUGCCGUCACAACCAGCUCCGCCGGUGUGCCCCACACAGUUUCUACCUCAACAAGGUGUGUUUACCAGUGAUCCUUCCUAUGAAAACAUUCGGGCGGUGCAAGUCACUGCAGACUUCAAAAACAUUCGCGACGGGCCCUUAACCGUCAUGUCCAACGAGUUUCAGGUGUGGACACAGGGUCCAAACAAGGAAAAUUAUGACAUUCCGCCCUCCGUAUUGGACCCUGAUGCAGACGGGCGGGUGAUCCAUCCUGGCGAAACAACCACAGUUGUCUUUACCAUUGAUCUGCGGGAUUCUCCCAAGUAUCACUCAAUCAUCAGCAUCCGCCUGUACACCAGGCAGUUAGGGACCAAUCAAGAGGGCAUCGAUCUUGUGGAUACAACAAUAAUCUGCAUCACAUAG